AUGUCCGAUCGCCCUGACUUUGCAAACCUAUUGCAAAAACUGGAGGAGUUGUACGAACAGGAAGUGCCAGGGCAUAGUGAUCUUGAUUCGUUAAUCUCAUCUAGCUGCCUUAGUGAAAUAGCUCAGAUCUUGUCUUCCAAAGAAGGCGAAAUGUCAGCUCACUCUGCCACUGCCAAACUGUGGCUGGUUUAUCAGCAGAUGAUAAGAACUGCGUGGGAACUUAUCAAAGCUGACCGUACUGGAUCCUGGUUGAUGCAUCUUCAUGCUAUAUCUGACUGUUUACCUAUAUUUGCUGCAGCUGGACAUUCAAAUUAUCUGAAAUCGGCUUAUCUGUACCUCCAAUCCAUGGCAAGUCUUCAAAAGGGCAAUCUGUCAGUCUUCCGCAAGUUAAUGAAUGGGUUGCACGUUAUCAGGCGAAGUGAUCAGUAUUGGGCAAGUAAUCGAGCAAGCUCUUAUGCGGUACCCAAAGAUUGCAGGUGGUCUCACGAGAGGAAGUGGAAUUUCUGA